AUGUCUGGAAAGAACUAUACAAAGGUCUCAGAAUUCUUUCUUCUAGGACUUGGAAACCUUCACGAUUUAAAUGUUGUAUUCUUUAUAGUCUUCCUAAUCAUCUUUGUAUUCACCAUUACAGGAAAUCUUGUGAUCAUUGUAUUAGUAUCCAUCACCCCAGCCCUUCAGUCCCCCAUGUAUUAUCUCCUAGGUCAUCUCUCAUUGUCAGACCUUUUGAUUUCCACCAACAUUCUUCCAAACUUGCUUGGCAGUCUUCUACUUGGGAGGGAAGUAAUUACGUACAGUGGCUGCAUCACACAAUUUUAUUUUUUCAGUGCUACAACUGUUACAGAAUGUUUCCUCCUCUCGGUCAUGUCCUAUGAUCGGUACUUGGCCAUCUGUAACCCUUUGAGAUAUUCCAGUAUCAUGGACAUGAUGUUUUGUGUCAAUCUUUCGGCUUGGCCAUGGCUGUCGGGUUUUACUCUGAAUCUUUUAGUCGUUCUGCCUGUAUCAGAGUUUGACUUUUGUGCUGAUAAUGUCAUUGAUCAUUUCUACUGUGACCUCUACCCUCUUCAGAAGCUCUCUUGCUCGGACACCUUUUUUGUUGAACUGGAAGUUAUUGUCUUUUCCAUGCCAAUAUUUAUUGUUCCAUGUGGUUUUAUCGUAGUGACGUACAUCUACAUCUUCCAUACUGUUUUCAGCAUACCAUCUACAACAGGCAAGCAAAAGGCAUUUUCAACCUGCAGUUCUCACCUUCUUGUGGUGGGUACAUUUUACGGGACACUGAUAGCUAAAUACAUGAUACCCUCUAAUGGAUACUCUUUGCUGCUCAUUAAGAUUGUAUCUUUACUUCACACUGUGUUUACUCCUUUAUUUAACCCUAUUAUAUAUAGUCUGAGGAACCAAGAUAUCAGGACAGCACUUCAAAAGCUUCCCUUUUAA